UUGUUGAUACACAUUCUGUUUACUGUUAGGCAUGCGAGUUUUCUGAGAAUCGUCUGAUUUUUCUUAGCUAUAAACAAAAGAACUUUCACAAAUAGUAAUAUUUGUUAACUUAAUAAGUUUUGAGAAAAAAAAAAUUAUAUAUCCUCUACUUGUGAAUAAUUAAACAUAAAUACCUGCCUUAAGGACUGUAUCUUAAAUUAAAGGCAUCUUCCUGAUAUAAAUUUGAUUGUAUUGCAUGCAGUUAUUGCUAGUACGUUACUAAUUGAAAACAGGAAACAUGAGUGAUAAUUCAAGCGAUGAUGAUGAAAUUACCCCAGUGUUUGCAUUCCGCGCUGAUGAUAUUAUGAGAAAGCAACGUGAAGCAUAUAAAGAAAUGUUAAAAAAGGUUGAAGAAGAAGAUACAACAAAGGCUAUAGAAAAUGAAGAACAUGAUUUGUUAGUCAAAAUCCGUGAAAGGCAAAAGAAUAGACCUACAGCUAAAAGAAAAGCUAAUGUUAAGCCCUCUCCCACAAAGACUGAAGAGAAAGUUCCAUCUACACGACGAUCAAAGAGAUUGAGAAAAAAAGAUGUUAAAGAAGAUAUACCUGAGAAGAAACUAGAAUCUCCAAUCAAACUUCCUGCACGUGCCAAAAAGAGAUUAAUGAAGUUAGAUCUUCAAAAUAAAAGAGAAAGACAAAGGAUAGAAGAAUUAAACAGGCGUGUUCUUUCCUCGUGCUUCUCUUCAUCUGUUGAUGAUCAUAAUACAACUAUAGAAAUUGAAACAGAACAAAAUAUUACUCUAAAAAUUAGCUACUUAUCAGACAUUUCUAAAAUUACUGUUAAUGAGAAUGAGAAAUUUUCUUCAGUAAUUUCUAAAGUAGCCAACCUUUUCAAACUAAAUAUAACUGAGAUAGCAUUGUAUCUUCGAGAUGAAAUUAUUAAUUUGGAUGCCACACCUCAUAGUCUAAAUGUGAAGACCUGGGAUAUAAUUGAAUGCAUCCCUUAUAAAUCUACUGAAAUGAAGGAUGAAGAGAAUUCGAGCAAAAUUCUCAUCAAAUUGCAAUCAAAUGAUUGUAAAAAAAAGAUUGAAAUAUUUGCACACAAGUUGAUGAUGCAGGAAUGGCUCAUAACCUUCAAGAAAAUCUUGAGGUUAUUGUCACUUCAACAACUUGAAAAAUUCCAAGAUAUAAUGAAACGAUAUGCCAAUUUGCGCAGCUUACCUCUAAAAGAUCUUAUAUUUGAAUUUGAUGGUGAAAGAAUCAGUGGUUCAAAUACACCCGAGGAACUUGAUAUGGAAAGUGGAAGUUGUGUGGAUGUUAAAGUUAUUGGUAAUUCUUUGAAACCUGCAUCACCUUCAAUUCCAUUCAUUGACCUUGAAAGAGAAGAGACUCCACAUACAAUAUUAAAUAUUUGUGUUUUAGAUUAAUUUUGUGUGAAGUUUUAUUGAUUCAUUUGUUGUAUAUGUGGAAUGUAUAUAUAAUGUAUCACUUUUAAUUAACAAUUUCAGUACAAAGUUUUAUUAUAGUAAUAAUUUGAUGGUUCUUUGUAAUAGACUGUAUCUUCAACUUCAUUUUUUGAUCUUGAACAUAAUAUGCUGCGCAUUUGUAUUUUAAACUAAUUUUUUUAUAAAGCAUUCUUUCUUUGUUCA